UUCAUUCCUCCUCCUACUUCAUGCAGAAAUUGAGGAGAUGUCUUUGGAAGAAAUAGUGAGUGUUGUAGGAAGUGAGGUGAUACCUUUGGAGUACGGUGGUAUGGACUUAAAGAGUAGUCCAUCUAGUUUGGAAAGGACAGUUGAGGGAGUGGGAGGAGGUGAGGUAGUUGGGGUAGGGGGGGAUAUUGUACCCAUUACUGUGGUAGAAGUAGAGGGUAGGAGAGAGAGGUGCUACGAUGUAGAUGCAGAUAUCGUAGGUAAGGUAAAACAAUAUGAGUCUGAACUUGAGACCAAGGAUAGCCUGGGGUAUUUGGUGGAGAGUUAUGAGAUCUCAUACCGAGUGUUGAUUAGGCCAGCUGGGGUAGAAGAGAGGGCGUGUUCUGCUCCUCGGGAUCAUUGGAUGCCUGUGUAUGCCCACUAUUUGGCAGCUGGGCUUAGGGGGGGGAAUUUAGUGAACAUUAUGUACCUCACCAGCGCAGAAUGCAUAGAAGCUGCUGAGCUCUAUGGGCCAAGCGUUUUAAGUGAAGCUGAAAUGGACAAAUUUUUGAGUGCUGUUGGAGGAGUGGCCAUCCCCAAAAAGCCAAGGAAGAAGUCAAAGACUUCAACCAACGUAGUGGAUGAGGGAGGAGUUGGGAGGGAGGUAGUGCCCAGCACUUCAGCCGAGGUGGAGGAGGAGGUGCCAAGGCUGGAAUUAAAGAGGAAGGGUAGGGAGGAGGGAGUGGCACUACAGAAGAAGAGGAGGGUGGUGGAGGAAGAAGAGAGGGGGAGCGAGAGCAGUUUGUUCGAGGAGAAGAACAUGACGGGAGCUAGGAGGUUUAUCAAUGCCACCUUCCCCGAAGUGGACAAGCGUCACGCACGGGACGAGGCUCUGAGAUACUAUGGGGCUUCAGUAGUGAAGCACUGUGACCAGCUUCAAAAGGAGAAGGAAGAGCUGGAGAAGAAAAAUAAAGAAAUGCAAGAGGCUCUAGACGAGGUGGUUCCAACAAUGAAGCGCAAGCGUGAGGCUCAAGAGAAGGAAAUAAGGUUGAUGAAGGAAGCUUAUAUGGAGCUGAAGAAGAAUGUGCAACUGUUGGUGCACAAUGGGAUAGAGGAGCACAUUAGCAACUUCGUCAGCUCCAGCUCGUUUGACAGCAUUGUCAACCUCUACCGGCUGCCAACUGCCAUCCUUGCCUUCACAGAUUGUAGAAAAAAGGUGAAGGCUGAAUAUCCUGAAAUGGAUAUUACAAAGAUCACUUUCGACGAGCAAAAAGAAGGAGUGGAAAAGAAUGGUGAGAGUAUGUCAGCAGACUUUCGUCCUCAGAUUAAACUGAGGUGGGAGCAUGAUGCAGACAGACGCACUGUCUUCCCUCCAAGAUUCGACUUCGAGUUUGUUGUAGUGGAAGAAGAAAAGGCAAAGGUAAAGGAAGAUGAAGUGGGGGCAGGAGUGGAAGGAGCUGAAGUGGAUGAGAGUCAACCACCUCUACCAGUGGAGAUUCAUCUAGUUCCUUCUGACGAUGAGCAGCCACCUCUGCCAGACGAGCAACAGCCAACACAGCCACCUCUUCCAGCUUAGCAGCAGCCAGUUCAGCCACCUCCUCCAGCAGAGGAAUAAAGAAUUUUUGUUUUUUGAUUUUUCUUUGAUAUUUUGUUGUAUUAUCAUUUGAACAAUUUGUUAUAAACUUGUUAUUUGAUUUGAAUAACAAUUUUGUUUUUGAGAUCAUGUUGUGAUGUUUGUUUUACAUUUUGGUUGUUAUAUAUAAGAACUGAGAUUACUUUGAAUAUGUCUUGAGGGAAAGUAAAUCAUGUCAAAGAUG